AAGUUAAUUUAUUUUUUUUCCAUUUUACCACACUAUUACUGAUAAUUUCUGUUCUAACAAUGUAAAUAUCUAACAAUUUACUAACCGUUUCCGUUCCCUGUAGCCUGGCUUCUUAACGUAUGUUUUCUGCAAAGAUUAGUUCUCCACUGUAGUCGUCGGCUUCGUUCAAAGUUAGCUGUUCAUAUAGGCGUUUAUCGUGACCAUAGUCCCUCCUCUAGUAGCUCGUAACCACUGAUGCUUUUAGUUUUACUUACCACUAGACUUUGUUUCUCUUUUCAGUUGCACCCAUUUGCAAAAAUCCCUCGAAUGAAAGGCUAAGUAACGAUCUUGAGAGAGAGAGAGCAAACUCGAACUUACACGAUUCCUAUGCAAACUCGGCAAGCAUCACACACAUUUCCGGGACUGUUCGAAAAUAUGGCCACCCCUUUUUUUGAGGCCCGAAGAACCAACACUUUCCGUGUGACCAAACCAACGCUGAUGCCGCCGCUAGAGAUCAACAGCGCCAAAGUGUCGCCACCGCGUGGUCGCUUCGCCAGCAAUAUCCCAACCAUAGUCACGCCUCGAACCGUAACCGCUCCGGCCUUGAUCAUAACCUCAUCCUCGCCGGUCACCACCAUCGGACGUCAUCCGCCUCGCUCAAGUUCACCCUCGUCAUCGUCUUCGGCCGAUUCUUCACCUUCGUCCGUAACCACCAUCACAACGAUCGAGUCGCAUUCUUCAUCGACCGCCGUUACCCCUGCUCCCUCCCGAGACCUGAUCGCGGAAUACCUCGCUGCCAAAAGCCGAAGCCAACAGGCGCCGGCCAUCUUCAACUCCAAACUCCCUCCAUCCGGUCCCCACGACGAACAUCAGCAAUUGGUCCUGGCCUACAAGCAUCCCAUACUCCUGAUGGACGAAGAAGAGAACGUAGUCUACUGUAGUGUCUCGUCCAGCAUCGGCAAGGAACGAAACCGAGAGGUCGAUGUCGAGUACGUCGACGACAACUCGAUCGAACUGCUGGAUGCCAAGGAGGAGAUCGGCGAAGGCGAAAAGGAGUCGCUGAUCGUGCCAAAGCCAAAGAAGAUCGCGUUCCAGUCAAAGGGGAGCCCUCUGAAGACCUCGGAUGAAGCCGACGGCAAGUGCCGGUUGGUCGGCAAAGUCAAUCCCAACAUCUUCAAGACGUGGGAACAGCUGAGCGACGAAGGAAGCGAGAAAAACUUCUGCAACCACAAGCGUAGCUCGUCGAAGAACAGUCUGAUCACGGUGACGUAGUCGGAGAACAGCGCCGGCGACAAGCAGAGCUGUUUGAUCUUCUACCGGAAUCAGUACGACGGCGUGGAGGCGGGCGAAGAGGCUUUCAACUUCCGGGUGAUGAGGAGCCGACAUCACGGCGAGGCGAUCAGUGAAGACUCGACGACUGUUGCCGAUCUGGAGAAGGAUGAGGAGGAUGAGGAGGAAGAGCCGGUGAUGACAACGGCGACGGUGUCGAUGGCGACUUCGACGGCCACGACGGCGACCACCAAUACAGAUACGACGACCAGUUCCGAGGGUUGUUACGAUUUCUAGGACAGUAUCGACGAUAGCAGCAAUCGGAUUACGGGUUUACGGGUUAGGGAUCGUCCAUAA